AUGGCAGACAGCAACAAGAAGGAAAUCCAAAUCCGAACCCUAACCGGCGACUCCAUCACUCUUCACAUCAAUCCCACUGCCACCGUCCAACACCUCAAGCUUCUACUUAACCACUCUUUCUCUCCCGCCACCAAUUCCCCCAAUUUCCAUCUCUUUUUCAAGGGUAAUAAAUUGCAAUUACAUGAUGAAGUUGGUUCUUAUCUCAUCCAACGCGGUGAGUUUCUCGUUUUGAUUCCAUUUGCGAAGAAGGAACCGACUUCAACCGAGAAACCAAAUUCAGGUUUCUCUUCUCCUAAUGUUGUUUGCAACGCUUCAACUUCGAAUCUUGCGGAUACGACAUGGUCCAAUAUAAUGGAAGAUUUGUCAGAAAUUGACCAUAAUAAUGUGUCUAAUUUUGAAAGGAAUAAAGAGAAAACUGUGGAGGCUGAAAAGGGGAUAGAACUUCCUUAUCAUCUCAUAUUGAAUACAUUGGAUUGUACUAAUAAGAGUGCUCUUGGAGAGCGUAGUUGUGAGGUUUUUUCGAAGGUUUUGGAGUCGGUGAAUUGUUUAUCUGAUUUGUCUCUUGGACAUUGCAAGUUGUUCAAGAGGGCAUGUUUGAAGGGAUCUUGUGGCAAGGAGGGUGGUGGGGUCACUUGCUUGUGUCCACAGUGGUUGAAGAUAGUUGUGAAGUCGUUUGCUUUCAUCAAUAUCUUUUCUGCCUUUCUUCAUUUGCAGGGUAGGAAGGUAACCACGGGUCUACUGGAAGAAGCACUUGAUCAGCUUGCUAAGUUUGGAGUCAAACUUGGCCUCCAUGACAUGAAGCAUCUCUCCCUUCUUUGUCCUCAUCUAGUUUGUUUUGACAUAGAGAAGGCAAGUUUUGGCGAUGUCAUUGUUGUAGUAAAUCAUUCAAGUAACAAUGAAGAUCAAAUUGAAGAUAAUUUUAAAAGAGCUCGCAAGUCGCUCAAUGUUUCAAAGAUUGUCAGUACAUUAAAGAGAAGGGACUGUUCUUUCCGAGAAUGUCUGGGGUGGGGUUUUGAACAGCUUCAGUUUGAAAUUGGAGAUGAGAUGAACGUGAGAAUUUCCUUUGAAGAACUGCUUGCAGCAGUCAAGGACCGUGAUUUUACCAGGAAAGAAAACAAAUCAAAACGUGUAAAGAGAAGCUCAACUUCCUCAAGACCUGACAUGGACCGCAUUGGGUGUCAUGACUCAAGGUCAUUAAUGGCUGUGGACAUGGUUGAACAUCUUAAGAAAGGAAUUGGAUCUGAAGGACAGAUUGUGCAUAUUGAAGAUAUAUGUGCCAGAAAAGCCAUUUACAGUGAGAUCUCCGUUGAAUUAUCAGAAAAAAUGAGAUCUGCACUAAAUUACAUUGGAGUUUCCAAAUUGUAUAGUCAUCAGGCAGAGUCAAUUCAAGCCUCCCUUGUCGGGAAGAAUGUUGUUGUCGCUACAAUGACAUCUAGUGGCAAAUCUGUUUGCUACAACCUGCCUGUUCUAGAAGAGUUGCUUAAGAAUUCAUCUUUAUGUGCGUUGUACAUAUUUCCAACAAAGGCGUUAGCUCAAGAUCAACUAAGGUCUUUGUUACACAUGACAAAAGAAUUUGACGUCGACUUAAAUAUUGGUAUAUAUGAUGGUGACACUUCUCAUAGCGAAAGGACAUGGCUACGUGAUAAUUCUAGACUGUUAAUCACAAAUCCAGAUAUGCUACACAUAUCAAUCUUGCCCCACCAUCGGCUAUUUGACCGGAUUUUAUCAAAUCUAAGGUUUCUGGUAAUUGAUGAAACUCAUACCUACAAGGGAGCAUUUGGAUGUCAUACUGCUCUUAUAUUAAGGAGGCUUAAGCGACUCUGCUCACAUGUAUAUGGAGCUGUUCCUUCUUUUGUAUUCUCUACUGCUACUUCUGCGAAUCCUCACGAGCAUUCUAUGAGAUGA